UCAGUGUUAUUGCAGUUCAAGAGUUUCUGGCUGCAGUAUUAAUAUUCCUGCUUUGCACUCUUCUUCCCCACGCCUCUGUUUUUGAAGGUCCGUGUAAAGAUGCAUGUGCUGCUUCUCAAAGAGCCGAGAGAUGGAGAGUCUGGACCCGAUCCUUACAUCAAGGAGCUGGUGUCACACGGUCACAAAGCCACCCUGAUCCCCGUGCUGUCUUUCAAAUUUGUCUCAUUGAACACCUUGUCGGAUAAGCUGUUCCAACCAGAAAAACACAAAGGUCUAGUAUUUACCAGUCCAAGAGCGGUGGAGGCUGUGAAGAUGUGCCUGGAAGCAGAAGAAAGACGGGAGGAGUGGAACAGCUCUGUGAAAGAUAAAUGGAACAACAAGUCCAUCUACGUGGUUGGGAAGGCAACCGGUGCAUUAGUACGAAAUCUGGGUCUGAACCCUUUGGGCGAGGACACGGGGACAGCAGAGGUCUUAUCACGCGUUAUCAUUGAACGGGAGGACACAAAUAUUCUACCUCUUUUUUUCCCCUGUGGCUCAAUCAAAAGAGAGGUCUUGCCUACGGCUCUGAGGGAAAAUGGAGUGCCCCUCGAGACGCUGACUGUCUAUCAAACGGCUGAACAUCCAGAUCUGGAGAAAAAUCUGAAGAACUAUUUCACAGAGCAGGGCACUCCGGUCAGCAUCGCUUUCUUCAGUCCGUCAGGAGUGAAGUUUUGCCUAGAAGUGGUACGGAGGCUGUCAGGUGACCACCUGACUCAAAUAAAGUUUGCAGCCAUAGGGCCUACGACACAAGACGCGAUGACAGCGGAAGGCCUGUGUGUCAGCUGCACUGCAGAAAAGCCAACAGCUGAACACCUGGCAGCAGCGAUAGCCCAAGCUCUACAGUAACCUCCCGCCCAUCACUAUUAAUGCCAUCAACUCUCUCUGUAUAUUCUGCAUUAUGUAUAUGUUCUAUCAUCCGUCUGUUGUACAUUACCCGCUGAUCUUACCAGUUAUGAAUGUACAGUAUAAUUCACCUUGAACAAAAAGUGUGGUGUUGUGCCAUAGAAGCCACAGAAAUGUAAGUGAAUAUAAUUAUAAUUCUAUUUAUGCUUUGUCAAGUCAGUGUUUAUGUUUUUUUAAAUAAACUUUGGUCAGUGUGAAGAUA